AUGGCCACUGCCGGUUCGGGCUCAGAAAAGACUUCUGUGCAAGUCGUUUUACGUAUACGCCCGUUGACUGCUCAAGACCUUGCCACUCUACCAAGUCGUUUUCAACGUAAUGUUGUACAUACAUCAUCGUUUUCACCUAAUCAAGUCACAGUCCAAGGCGAAAAGAAACAAAACUUUAAUUUCGACUGUGUCUUUGGACCCGAAUCUACGCAAAAGGAGGUUUAUGACAAGGUUGGAGUAGAAUUGGUUGAUAAGUUUUUAGAAG